AUGCAGUUCAAUCUCUUUGACUAUUACGAUCAGGACGGCGGCGAUGGUGGAGCGAAUGAAUAUCUAAUGUGGUAUUGCUUUGCUGGUCACGAGAGGUCUGAAUCCGAGGAUGAGCGUGGAUCUGAUUUAGACAACGAUGACGAUGAUGACGAUAAGAAGAGUGACGAUGACGAGAGUCAGGGCAGCGAUGAAGGCAUAAGUGAAGACGACAACGAAAAUGAGGACGACGAGGACUACAGCGAUGAUGAAGCGACCGCCAAAUCUCUAGGCUUAAAAUUCACCUUCAGAGCCAUGGAUCUGCACUGGGAGGACCACGUACAGGGCAACUUCGAAGGCAAGGAGUUUGACCCCAACGUUUGGGACGACGGUUACUUCCACACCAUGAGCCCCAAAGAAAGGGAUAGGGCCGCUCACAAGUACUGGCACAUCACUGAGACGUGCAAACCACUCUUUAUCAAGAAGGCGGGCGGUCCAUUGUCAUGA